UCCCAGCUGGUUCUAGAACACCUCGACUUGGCAGCCCCCGCCAUCGUUGCCGACGUACGUCCACAAAACAACGCUCGCCACAACUGGGACCUCGAGCAGCACUAACAGAGUCAAUAUCAGCCGGCCUUAUGGGAGAGGCAGACAAUCAAGUGUACCCGUCCAUACCGCUCACAAUUUAGGCACAAGACCGAGCGACGUAGUGCUUGCACCGUACGCCAUGUCGGGCACACCAGUCCUUUUCCUCGAUGGUGGCCUCGGAACAUCCCUCGAAGACAAAUAUGGCGUCAAGUUUAGCCACGACACGCCGCUAUGGUCCUCACACCUUCUCGUCAGUGGCGAGCGUGAUGUUCUGUUUGCAUGUCAACGGGAUUUCGGCCAUGUGCCUGUCGAUAUCCUGCUGACUGCAACAUAUCAGGUCUCGGUCGAGGCAUUUGCACGCACAAAGACACCUCAGCACCCGCAGGGCAUUGGCCGUGCCGACAUGCCCACCUACUUGGAGGAGGCAGUCGCCAUCGCCGAGCAGGCCAAGCAGCCUUCCGCCAGCAUAGCGCUUAGCCUGGGACCCUAUGGUGCCAGCAUGAUUCCCAGCCAGGAGUAUUCUGGGCAGUACGACGCUGCUCACGAUUCCGAGGAGUCGCUGUAUCAAUGGCACUUGGACCGGCUCCAGGUUUUCACCCAGGUCCACCAAUUGGCAAACAGAACGGCGUACGUCGCCUUCGAGACUGUCCCCAGGCUCGACGAGAUUCGUGCUAUUCGUCGCCUCUUCCGGCCGUCGGGAGAAGCAGCCACCAGGGUAGUCGAGAAUCUCCCCCCGCGAUACUGGAUUUCGUGCGUAUAUCCCGAGACAGCUGCGUUGCCAGAUGGGAGCACAAUCGACGCUGUAAUACGGGCGCUGUUCGAUCCCACUCAGGGAGGCGCGGUGCCGUGGGCCGUGGGCAUCAACUGCACCAAAUUGGACAAGCUGGACGCCAUCAUCAGGCUAUAUGAAGCUGCAAUCACGCAACUGGUCGAGGAAGAAGUGCUUCCAGGCUGGCCUGCGCUUGCUCUGUAUCCAGACGGUACCAAUGGCGAGGUGUACAACACAGAGACUAAGGUCUGGGAGGUCCAGUCUUCGCAGGGAAGCCCUUCGCUGCCAUGGGCGACGCGAUUUGCCUCACUCGUUGAGGAGGUCAGGGCUCGCCGUCAAUGGACCAACCUUGUUGUCGGUGGAUGUUGCAAGGCGAGCAGCGACGACAUCGCAGAGCUCCGCAAGCAUCUGGAGGACGAUGCCUGAUAUCCACAGCGAUGUCCGGAAUAAUAUGCCACGUUCCCAAAUUAGACACGGACAGGCGAGCCCGCAGUCCACCCAGCGCUCCCGAGCCGGCUAGGCCUUUCCACUCCCAGGCGCACGAACGCAGAUCCGCUAGGAUCUAAAGCCGUGUCGAUGGCUGAUUAUGAAGGGGCGUGGGC